AACAAAACAAAAAAAACAAUAAACUAUGGACAGGAGGACGAACUUUGGGGACGUUUUUCACAAAACUCUGAGCGUCUCGGGGAAAAAGAUGGACUCGUUGCGCGCGCCGGGUGUCGAGCCGCCGUGCAGAGAGCACCAGUCGCCGCUCGGAUCUUUCGAUCCGCCAGACUCGGACCCUCUUCAGGCUGUCGGAGGAGGAGUGGGGUCUCUGGGUCUCCCUGGUGGAUCCAUGCGGGCGCCGUAUGGCGUUGGAGGCGAAGGUGCGAGCGGACAGAGCAGCGGCGGAGAGCAGAGCCCGGACGACGACAGCGACGACCGGUGCGAGAUGAUGCUCCUGGCGACGGCUCGAGACCCGAGGACGACUUCUGCAGCGGCGGGUGCAUCGGGCGCAAAGUGCGAGACGGGGAAGAAGAACCGGGAGCAGAAGAUGCUGCGGCUCAACAUCAACGCGCGCGAGCGGAGACGGAUGCACGACCUGAACGACGCGCUGGACGAGCUGCGGGCGGUCAUCCCUUACGCGCACAGUCCGUCCGUGCGCAAGCUCUCCAAGAUCGCCACGCUGCUCCUCGCCAAGAACUACAUCCUCAUGCAGGCGCAGGCGCUGGAAGAGAUGAGACGGCUCGUAGCGUACCUCAACCAGGGCCAGGCCGUGUCGCUUGCGCCGAGUCUGAGCGCGUACGAGCAGCCGCCCGCGUACCCCGCGUUCCCCGGCGGAGCCGCCGCGGCCUCCUCGUGCCCCGACAAAUGUGCCCUUUUCAACAGCGUCACCUCCAGUCUGUGUAAACAGUGUACCGACAAGCCUUAAAACACACACACACACACACACACACACCCUCUCUGUGAGACUGAAACUGACGCCUGUAGGCUGCAUUUCAUACUCCAAGAACGGAUAGAAAAGAAUUCUUAACUUUUCCUACAUCGACUAGGAUUUCAGCAGCUUUGCCGCAGAUCCAGCAGUUUGUUCCUUUCUUUUUCUUUUCUUUCUUUUUUUUGUUUUGUUCAGAUACUUGACAUCUAUGUGUGUGUAUGUGCGCGCGCGUGUGCGUGCGUGUGUGUAUGUAUAUAUAAAGUAAGUGCUGGUGCGAGUGAAUUGAAAGCAAACAAAGUCUAUGUGUGAGUGUUGAGAAUGGACACUUUAUGGAAAUAUGGACCCUAAACACAGUGAGCAGAUCCGAUCCGACCUGGCAACAUGUGAGCAUUACAUUUACUUUGCCUGCACGUUUUAUUUCGGGAUUUCUUGCUUAAUAGCUGUCCUAUUAUUAUUAUUAUUAUUAUUAUUAUUAUUAUUAUUAUUAUUAUUAUUAUUAUGAUUAUUAAUAAUAAUAAUAAUAAUAAUAAUAAUAAUAAUAAUAAUAAUAUGAGUGUUUCAGUUAGAAAUGUCGCUUUUUGCGUUUUGGUGAUCAAAUCAAGUAUGACUUGGAAAGCAAAGAUCAAAUUUGCAGAACUGAUGAAGGACUUUUGUUUUUGUCAUAGCGGAUGUGUAACAUUUCCACUGCAGCCUUGUUUGAGUCGUUUGAAGUUGACUUUGGACGUUGAAGUUGAAUUUCUAGAUCUGCAGACGUGAUAUAAGACUUUCUGCUGUACAUCCAGCUUAUUUCUUUUAUGUUCUAUUCUUUUCUUCCACUCUCAUGCAGCAGGCUGUGAAUGAGAUUUCGGGCUUGGGAUUGUUGUCAGGUCAGCAUGAUGAGCACUGCAGAUACUGUGCAUCCGGUUCACUCUGACUGCACAGGGCCACUUGUAUAUGUUGAUGUCCUGGAAAAAA